GAGAGUGCAGGAAGAACCACGCCGCCAGCAUCGGUGGCUACGCGGUGGACGGCUGCCGCGAGUUCAUGGCGUCGGGGGAGGAGGGGACGAGCGACGCCCUCCGCUGCGCCGCCUGCAACUGCCACCGGAGCUUCCACAAGCGAGAGGUCGAGACCGAGACCGUUUGUGACUGCUCCUCCAUCUCCACUUCCCGGCGGUGAACCAGCUUGGCUCUAUCUCUUGCCAUCAUGGUCUUGGAAGCCUUUUUCUUCUCUCUUAGUUACUAUUGCUAAUGAAACGAGAUUGUUGUAAGGGAUUUAAGGUUGUUAAGUGUUCUUUCCCUUGCCCUUUUGGUUUUGGAGUUUGUCAAAAAAAAAGACUAGGAGUUGAAUUUGUUGUGGGUAGUGUUACAUAUGACUUGUUUUUGGGUUGUUUGUAGAAGUGCUUGUUUUGUGAGUGUAUUGUUGCUUUUUAUCUCAUACAUGAUAUGGUAAGAUAUAUUUAUGUCAA